AUGCCCUGUACUCCAAUGCCAGUUCGAUAUCAAAAUUUCUUGCCAGAGCAGGAGCCUGAUCCCCAUGACUACAAAGUGCGACUUGUCAAAGAACUAAUUGACCAUGGAGCUGUGAUUCUCGCGAAGCUUCUCAAGCUGCAAGGCGACGGAUGGAACGAUGAACGAAUCGAAGUUCACUUUCAAAAACAGCGUGAUGCUUCUGACAAUGCCUCACCUCAUCUCGAAGGUGUCUGGUACGACAAGAUGAAAGGAUUAAUGAAGGAGAUAGACACUCGUUUGAAGUGCAUUCCGGCGGAAGGGCACUUGUCUUUCUUGGACCUAGGAUGCUGCCCUGGAGGAUUUUCGUCAUAUAUCCUGACAAAGAAUCCUGCUUCGAGGGGAAUUGGAGUGUCGCUACCGGUUGAAGAUGGAGGGCACAAAUAUCUUCUCGAGGAGCAUCUUCUAACCCGACACAAACUAAUUUUUGCAAAUCUUACAAAAUACCAACUCAAUGCACACAGUGUACCAGAUCCCGACCUUCAACACCUCCCCUAUGAUAUCGUGAAGUCACCCUUUGAUCUCGUUCUUUUGGAUGGCCAUCAAUUGAGAACUCAAAUCUCAGCAAAACCAGGCGAUAUGCACCGUCUGUCGAUUUCUCAGCUCAUAAUCGCCCUUCGUACAGUCGCACCUGGCGGGACCAUUAUCAUGAAACUACCACUUCCCCAUAAGCCCAUCGCUGCACGAAUACUCUAUAUGCUAAAUGAAAUUUCAACAAAGAUUUGUCGGUGGAAGCCCAUGUCAAUUCAUGCAAACCGCGGAACAUUCUAUGUCGUGGCUUUCGGUGUUGGUUUAGACCCUAAAAAGGCCAAUUUGGCGACAUACCUUACCGGUUUACAGAAUCUUUGGUUCAGCCUAUCGUACGGAGGAGAAAACGGAGGUGGAAGGUACAUGACGGAUGAAGACCUUGACUUCAUAAUCCCCGUGGACGGCAUCAUCAACAAUCAUCUUGGUUGGCUUGCAGAAUUUGGAAACCCCCUUUGGCAUGUUCAAGUUAGUGCUCUUGAAAGAUUAUACGAGAAGAAUCACCGGAAACAGUGCAAGAAGUCCACCGAGGAUGCGACUUAG